CAGGAAGCUGGUCGACAUCCCGCCCUCUUAUAAAAUUUACUCCUUUGUUGGUUUUGGUUUGUCAUCUCUCUCUCUCUCUCCCUUCCCCAAUUUUUUCUCCAUCUUCCUCUUCCAAAGGUGGGUGGGGGGUUUCAGUUCUCUUUCUUCAGUGGUCUCAUCCCAAGGUUGUGGCCCUUGAAAGUGAGAAAUUUGUUGAAUUUCAAUAAAGAAGUGAAAGAUGGAUUAUGUCUAUGGACCUGGAAGGAACCAGCUCUUUGUUCCUGGGCCGGUCAAUAUCCCAGACCAGGUUAUUCGUGCAAUGAACAGGAACAAUGAGGAUUAUCGUUCUCCUGCUAUUCCAGCAAUGACAAAAAUUUUGAUUGAGGAUGUCAAGAAGAUUUUCAAGACUACUAGCGGGACCCCAUUUCUGAUUCCAACCACAGGUACUGGUGCAUGGGAAAGUGCACUUACAAACACAUUGUCUCCUGGAGACCGGAUUGUGUCUUUCCUCAUUGGUCAAUUCAGUUUGCUCUGGAUAGAUCAACAACAACGCCUCAACUUCAAUGUUGAUGUUGUUGAAAGUGAGUGGGGUCAAGGUGCCAAUCUUGAAGUUUUGGCAUCAAAGCUGGCAGCAGAUACUGCACACACUAUCAAGGCCAUUUGCAUUGUGCAUAAUGAGACAGCCACUGGAGUUACCAACAACUUAGCUGCUGUGCGAAAAAUACUAGAUCACUAUCAGCAUCCGGCACUCUAUCUUGUGGAUGGAGUUUCCUCCAUAUGCGCACUUGAUUUCCGGAUGGAUGAAUGGGGUGUAGAUGUGGCUUUGACCGGCUCUCAGAAAGCCCUUUCUAUGCCCACUGGAAUGGGCAUUGUCUGUGCAAGCCCAAAGGCUCUUGAGGCCUCCAAAACUGCAAAAUCCCUAAGGGUUUUCUUUGACUGGAAGGAUUACUUGAAGUUCUAUAAGAUGGGAACAUUUUGGCCAUACACUCCAUCCAUCCAAUUGUUAUAUGGGCUGAGAGCAGCACUGGAUCUCCUUUUUGAGGAAGGACUUGAAAAUGUGUUUGCGAGGCACAGCCGCUUGGGCAAAGCAACAAGGCUUGCCGUGGAGGCAUGGGGCUUGAAGAAUUGCACUCAGAAAGAGGAAUGGUACAGUGACACAGUCACUGCAGUGGUUGUGCCUCCCUACAUUGAUAGUUCAGAAAUUGUUAGAAGGGGAUGGAAAAGAUACAACUUGAGCUUAGGGCUGGGCCUAAAUAAAGUUGCCGGAAAGGUUUUCAGAAUCGGGCAUCUUGGCAACCUAAAUGAGUUGCAAUUGCUGGGGUGUCUUGCCGGAGUGGAAAUGAUACUCAAGGAUGUCGGUUACCCGGUGAAGCUCGGGAGUGGAGUAGGAGCGGCGUCUGCUUACCUACAGAACACAACUCCCCUGAUUGCUUCCAGGAUUUGAGUUUGAGUUACCAAUCCCUGCAUGUAACUAUUCUCCUCUUAUAGUCUUUUACUCUCAUGGCACUCUGUAAAAAGUACCAUCUAUCUCCUUUCUCUUCUGGUACUCUUUGAGGCUCAUCCUAGCUACUUUGGAAACGUUCAUGCUCUCUAUCAUGUACUUCAUGUCACAUACAAUUUUAUUGUUUUCACUCAGACCAUUAUGCCUAUACACGGACCGUAUAGCUUGAAAUCA